AGUUUAAUGCGCUAUCAGAGUUUGAUAUUUUUGUAUGGGCAGAUUUAAGGGUGAGGGAUAUCAUCAGAUGAUUUUAUUUCCAAUAACAAAUUUGUAGAUGUUAUUCUUCAUAUAGAUUAGGGUAGGUAGUAUGAGUAAAGUUCAAAGAGUAAACAUUUCUAAUAGUUGUAGAUUAAUUAAGAGACAAUUGUCAUCAGUGUCUUCCCAAAGUCCAUUAAUGUCGAAUCCAUUUUCCAUUGAGAAUACUCACAAGAUAAGAGAAUCAUCAUCCAAAUUCAAUAAGCCUAACUUUAUAUCAUUUGAUGCAUUUGAUACUUUGUAUACUCCUAAGGAGCCAGUUCCAUUACAAUAUCAUAAGAUAGCAUAUGAACAAUUUGGAAUUGAUAAACCUCUAGCAAGUAUAGAACAAGAAUUUCCUAAUAUUUACAAGCAAUUAUUAAAAGAAUUUCCUAAUUAUGGGAAAUCUAGUCAAGAAAUCGUUAGCACUGCCGAUUGGUGGCUGGAAUUAAUAAUUCGAUUAUUUAAUCUUAAAAGAGGAGAUGAAAUUACUCAAACCAUUUGUAACCGAUUACUUGAUCAUUUUUCCGGUCCGGAAGCUUAUAAAGUUUAUCAAGAUGUAAUUCCGACACUAACAAAGUUAAACUUAUUAGGUAUAAAGUUAGUUAUAUCUAGUAAUUCAGAUGAAAGAAUUAGACAAGUUUUAGAGUCAUUGGGAUUAAUGAAAUUUUUCAGUAAAGAUGAUAUUUAUUUAUCAUAUGAGUUAGAAACAGGUAAACCUGCUAAACAAUUUUUUGAUAAAGUUAGUACUACAGUUCAUUAUGAUAUUAAAGGAGAAACUUUUAAGACUGAUAAACUUAAAGCGGAAUAUUUAGAAGAUUGUUGGCAUAUUGGAGAUAAUUAUACCGAAGACUUUCUAGGGGCUGUACGUUCAGGAUGGAAUGGUAUCUUAUUGGAUAGAGAAUAUAAAAGUCCAUUCUUUGCCUCAACAAACAAGAACCACAAGCCAUAUUAUGAUGGAUGUUUUACCGAAAAAUCCAUAGAGGAUACUACAAGAAAUGAUGAUUUUUCUAUCAUAGCCAAUAAUAGAGUAGUUAUAACUCGAAUGAGCCAAUUGUUAGAACUAUUUGAGUUUAAUCCAAGCCAAUAAUCUAUAGCGUGACCUAUUUAUAGAUAUGUACUUGGCCAUUGAUGAUAUCAUAGUUUUUAAAUUUAAGGCUUGGUCGUGGCUAAAUUACUAUGUUUUUUUCGCGUACUUCGCACUAGAAACUUGGUGGCCCUGUCUUAUAGUAUUCGUAUAACACAGUACAGUACUUCUACUUAAGUAUUAUUAAUUUACUAUUAGUUGACUCUCAUUAUAAUACUGAUUUAUUACUAGUUCUCUUCGAAAUGAAUAUUUCUGGUGAAAGGCAUAAUUCCAAAUCAUAAAGAGCAGCAUCACCUCUCAUCGUUCUCCAGGCACAGGGUGCUGUUCCGUGCAGGAACCAUCUAAUUUUUAAUUUUUAAUUUAUUAUAUUAUUAUUUAGUUUCUUUUGUUUUUUCUGUGUCC